UAUUACUUCACGGAAUAUUGUCAUUGUUAGGUUAUCUGUCCGGUCCAUGGAGAUAAUAUCAAGUUUUAAGCCACGAUCGUUCUAUUCACAGAUCCCAUCUUGUUUUCAAAAAGCAUUCGUGUUGUUUGCUAUGGUGUACUGCAGCCGCUGGGAUGGCAUCCUCACGGACAUUAAUCCAUAGAAAGGGCAGCCGUACGUCUCUUGUCUCCUCGCCCGCAGAGCUGCACUCCUUAACCCGGCAGGUGAGCCAGAGAUCGUGGGUGGAGAAAACCUUCCACAAGCGAGAAUGUGUCAAGUUUAUUCCGUCUCACCGAGAUCAUUCAAGAUGUGCAUGUGGCCGCAACGAACACUGGCACAUGCAGACUGGGGCUGCCCGUCUAGAAGCAGGAAGUACAGAGAAAUGGCAUCCAUACAAACACACAGAGCAGCGGGUCACAGACGCCUAUGGGACCAUCGAGUUUCAGGGCGGCCCCCACCCCAGCAAGGCCCAGUACAUGAGGCUCAGCAGUUUAGAUACCAGGCAGGAGAACGUCCUCACUCUGCUCUUAAAGCAUUGGGGACUUGAUUUACCCAAGUUACUGAUUACUGUGCAUGGAGGGAUUUUGAACUUUGACCUUCAGCCAAAGUUAAAAAGGGUCUUCAGAAAAGGUUUGUUAAAGGCAGCUCGAACCACUGGUGCUUGGAUAGUUACCAAUGGAACUAAUACUGGUGUUACAAGGCAUGUUGGAGAUGCUAUAAGUGACCGUACAACCAAGGCCAGAAACAAGGUUGUGGCUAUAGGAAUAACACCAUGGGGCAUUGUGGAAAACAAGGAAGAUCUACUCGGAAGAGAUAUAGUCGUCCCUUACCACUGUGUUUCAUCAACCAAAACAAAUACCUCAGUUCUCAACAGCAAUCAUUCCUACUUCCUACUGGUUGACAAUGGCACUGUUGGAAAAUAUGGUGGGGAAAUUCUUUUCCGGAAAAAGUUUGAAAAGUACAUUGCUCAGCAGAAAAUUUGCAUUGCCAAUGACUUCCGUGGUCAUGGUGUGCCAGUGAUCUGUGUAGUUCUAGAAGGUGGCGCCAACACAAUCCGCUCUGUGCUGGAGUAUGUCACAGACACUCCCCCUGUACCUGUGGUUGUAUGUGAUGGGAGUGGCAGGGCUGCUGAUCUCUUAGCUUUCACUCACAAAUACACCAUGGAUGAUGGCACUAUGGCUGAAUCACUUAGAGACCAGCUGAUCCUGACAAUUCAAAGAACUUUCAUGUACACACAGGAACAAGCAGAGAAACUUUUUAUUGAGCUGAUGCUGUGUGUCAAGAAAAAAGAAUUGAUCACGGUAUUCAGGAUGGGUGAUAGAGAAGAAUCUAAAGAUAUUGAUCUUGCCAUACUAACAGCAUUACUGAAAGGAACCACUGCCAAUGCUAUUGAUCAGUUAAACCUUGCUUUGACAUGGGACAGAGUAGACAUUGCAAGAAGUCAUAUAUUUGUCUACGGGCAAGAAUGGCCGGAAGGAGCACUGGAGGUAGCCAUGAUGGAUGCACUGAUCAAUGACCGGGUGGAUUUUGUGAAGCUUUUGUUAGAGAAUGGAGUCAGCAUGCACACUUUCCUCACUAUACCCAGGCUUGAAGACCUUUAUAACGCUAGACAAACUCCAUCCAAUACACUGAGAUAUCUUGUUCGUGAUGUGAAGAAGCAUGUUCCGUCCAACUACCGCUACACGCUACCUGAUAUAGGAUUAGUUCUUCAGCACCUGAUGGGAGGCGGAUUUCGAGCCUACUACUGCAGGAAAAGGUUCAGACAAAAGUACCAAGCUCUCAAGCAAACAAUCUCUUAUGCAGACUUUAAGAAAAAUCUUACAAUACCUAAGGGAACAUCUGUGGGCAACAUUGUUACAUCUAUCCCUCAUCUCAUGAACACCAAGCAAGCAGAAGAACUGUUCCCAUAUCCAUUCCAUGAUCUCAUGAUCUGGGCUGUCCUCAUGAAGAGACAAAAAAUGGCUCUCUUCAUGUGGCAGCAUGGGGAGGAGGCUCUAGCUAAGGCUCUGUUAGCUGGGAAGUUGUAUGCUGCAAUGGCACAUGAAGCUGACCAAGAUGACUUGGAGAUAGAAUUGUCAGAAGAGUUCCGUCACUACGCUGAUGAAUUUCUAAGCCUGGCCUUGGAGCUGCUGGGCCAUUGCUACAAGAUUGAUGAUGACUACACACAGCAGCUGCUGACCUAUGAGUUGAAGAACUUCAGUGAACAGACAUGUCUGGGGCUGGCAGUCAUAGCCAACCAUAGACAGUUUAUUGCUCACACCUGUUGUCAAGUUCUGCUCAAUGAUCUGUGGAUUGGUGGCUUGCGCAUGAGAAAAAACACUAGUCUUAAGGUGAUUCUGGGUAUAAUCUUCCCACCCUACCUUUUUGCCUUGGACUUUAAAUCAAAGGAAGAGCUCCAGCUGAUGCCACAGACAAUGGAAGAACAUCUGGACGAGCUGGAGGAUGCUGCCAGUGUGGCUAAUCUAUCUAUGUCGUCUUUCAGUGAAGAUCAGGACUACAACUACAAUGAAGACAUGGCGGACCCUAUCUCCGGCACCAACCAACAAAGUCCUCUCAAAGAAAACGGAACAAUUGGAAGUAUCGAUGGCAGUAAUGGGGCUCUGGACUCCACCAUUUUCUCACACAUGCCGUUUAGGAAAAAGAAGAGCCCGCUGCGGAUGGGGAAAAAGGUGUAUGAAUUCUACAAUGCUCCAAUCACGAAAUUCUGGGCGCAUGCGAUCGGUUAUGUUGUGUUUCUCAUCAUCUACUGCUAUGUCAUACUUGACCGUCUGAAGCAGAUCCCUACUUGGACAGAACUCUACACCAUCGCUUUCAUCUUCACUAUGGCCUUGGAGAAGAUUCGCCAGAUAAUUGCAUCAGAGCCUGUGAAUAUCAGCAUGAAACUUCGAGUGUACAUCUCCCAACUGUGGAAUAUUCUAGACACAAUUGGCAUAGCCCUGUUCUCUGUUGGGGUUGUACUGCGCUUCAUUCCUGCAACGUUAAGAGAUGCACAGCUCAUCUACAGCGUGGAUGUUAUCUUCUGGAAUAUCAGGAUGCUGGAGAUAUUUUCUGUUAACAAAUAUCUGGGACCUUAUGUGAAGAUCAUGGGCAAAUUGCUGCGAGACAUGUGCUAUUUUCUAACCAUAUUGUUCAUUGCUGUGACAAGUUUUGGAGUAGUGCGUCAGACUGUCCAUUUCCAAAACAAAAAUGCAUCAUGGCCAUUACGUCUGAGAAAUGUUUGGUAUUACCCGUACUGGAUGAUAUAUGGAGAGUUGUUUGCUGAAGAAAUUGAUCCAUGUUUGGAUGAAAACUCCACUGACUACGCUGAGUACUGUAAUGUGUAUGCCUCAUGGCUGGCACCUGCCUUUAUGUGUGUGUUCUUGUUAGUGGCCAACAUACUCAUGGUUAACCUGCUCAUUGCUAGGUUUAAUGCUACAUUCAUACGCAACAAUGCCAACUCCAAAGAAAUCUGGAUGUUCCAGCGCUAUGGUCUGAUUCUUCAGUAUGAAAUGAGACCUAUCUUACCCCCUCCCUUCAUCAUUAUAACUCAUAUUUAUUUAGCAUUCAAGUACAUCAAGAGGAGAUGCAAAGGAAAAAGGGAUUUUUAUGAUAAUGGAUUAAAGCUUUUCUUGUCACAUGAGGAUACAGAAAAACUUCAUGAUUUUGAAGAAGAAUGUAUGGAGGAUUUGUACAGAGAGAAGGACCUGAAACAUCAGAACUCUUCUGAAGAAAGGAUUAAAUUUAUUAGUGAAAGAGUUGAAAACAUGUCCCUGAGGCUUGACGACAUGAACAUCAAAGAAAACCAUCUUCGACUUAGUCUUGGAGCUUUAGAUCAUCGAAUGAGUCGAAUAGAUGACCUUGAAGGCAGCUUAAACGAGGCCAUCAGAAUAAUUAAACUCAUGGCCAGCAAAGAUGAACAUGGCAGUGAGGACUCCCUCAAUGAGAGCAACAGCCACCUCCAGCCCCCAGUGUACAGCAGCAGUAGCAGUGUGGAUGGGAGCUUUCAUCAUCCUCGCACAUUCAGUCUAGGCAGCUCUGAUAUAGGGGAUAGGAAUAUCCCUUCACCCAUGCUUGUGCAUUCCAAAAGAAAAACUUUAGCAGACCAACUCAAAAAGUUCACCAGCAACAUACGAAGGCGUCAGUUAAGUGGCUCCGAAUUUCCCUUAGAGGAAACUGAUCAGUUUGUUGGUGAGAGUGCUGGGCCUGCCGACAGAGAACUAGCAGCCAGAAAUGUGAAGUUCAUUCUAGGACUGACAGACACCAGCACAGACUCCAAGGAUGAGCUGUCUGAUGUCUUAGACAAGCAGGAGAGUGCCACUGAGAGCACAGAACAAACCCCACAUAAACAAAAAAUUAAAAACUUUGCUGCACAGGCUGUUAGGUUUGUUGAGCCUGUGGUCCACUCGGCUUACGACCAGAGUGAUAGGCUGCUCCGGCUGUCCAAACAAAGCUCAAUAGAUGUCACGUCUAAGUUGGACUCGGAGACUCAUACAUCUUCUCAACUUCCUGAUUACACCGUCUCUGAGAGAGGAGCAGAGGCUGCAACUCCAGAUGACCUUCCACCUGAGCCACCAGUUAUAGCUGUAGGUGUGCCAAGUACUGUGAUAUUCACCAGCCAACCAUCCAGAAAAGGGAGGAACAGCUUAACCGGCCAGUCACUGUCUCUCAACACAAACCUAGCCUCCAGUUUCACACCUUGUUCAAUGCCUCAGUCGUCUGCCUGCUUCACGACCCCUAACCCAGAGUCUAUCCCCCCUGCGGCAGUGCGUGACCUGACCUCCAUGUUCAGCCCCCUGAUUGGGGAGUACACAAGUAUCACUGACAACAUCGACACUUCCUGCCUCAUUGACUGCUCCCCGCCCUGUUCUCCCGCAUCCAACUCGGCCAUCAUGUUCUCAGUUUCAGAAAGUUACCACGAGGUGGAUGCCAAACUUAAGGAAAGGUCAGCAGCUGAUAGCAAACAGAGGGAGUUAAAGCAAGCAGAAGAGAUGGAACAUCAAAGAAUGGAGUCACUAAUCCGACAUAGGUUGAGACAAAUUUCACAGGACGAAAGCGGAAGCAUAAGCGACAUAGCGAAAGUUGUUGUGGCAGAGCUUGCAGCAGAGAGUGUGAAGCAAACUCCAUUGGAAGAAGAGUCGGAAGAUGCCUCAGUCCUGGCAGAGGAGGAGGAGGAGGCGGAACUGGAGGAGCACUUUGGGCCAUUGGAACCAAGGAAAAGCAGCUUUGGUAUGGAACAUUUAAGGAGGGCCAGCUCUGCUGCGGAAGAUCCUGUGGCUGCAGGGGAGAAGCUGAAACAAAGGAGCGAUAUAGAAGACGAAGUCACGACGGAAACUCUGUUUUUGUUCAGAGAUCGCGUUCGAAUACAGAUCUCUCAGCCGAGCCAAGACACAGGCGACGCACAAUCACUCUCCAAGUACCCAUGUUAAACGAUGGAGCCAUUCGCCGUCACUCAAUCAGCCUGCCAGUCCCACCAGCAUUUAACAAUGAAGAUUUUCAUGAGGAGUGGGAUAUCAACAUUACGCUGACAGAAAUGAUCAAAUCACAACAAAGGGAGAAAAUUCAUCCUGUGCCAAAUCCUUGUAUUGAUAUAUUUGUUACACCACCAACAGCAGAAGUCUCCACAGAAUAGACAUUGUUGUUAUUGUUUUAAAACAAAAAACCAAAGCUUGAAUAUAAUGAAACAUUAUAUUAGUCUCAGCAUGACUUCUACAAGGAUAUACAACAUUACCAUCAAUUUACUAUUGAUAUUAAAUAUCUGGAAGACAGAAUAAUUUUUGAGUAAAUUUUGUUACCAAAAUGUUUAAGUAAUGUUCUGGUGAUAUUAUUGAAUGUUGAUAUAGAAUGUUAUUUAAAGCUCAGGCAUUCUUGUCCUUCUUAGCAAAGAAAACUACAUUCCUUGUGCAGCUUUCUUUGCUGAGGAGCUUCACAUAACUCACUGUGGUCUCUAUGCCGUCUACAACUCUCAGACUUUCACUUGCAACAGUACACAACAUUUAGUUAGGCUUAUUUAUUACUCUAUUGUCUUUUAAUGUUUUGUUGAGAAACACCUGUGCAAAAUAUUGGUUGCAAUUUUUUUAAUAAUAUGCUUCCAUGUUUGAUUAACCUUAGAGGGAGAAAGUGGAGUAUUACUAUUAAGGAAGUAAUUAUUUCUUAUAUUUGAUAUUUACUGAUGAAAAGCUUUGUGUUAGAAAUAAGUUGCUGUUAUUCUUUCAUUUUAAAAAGCAUAAUGUGUUGAGAUACAAAGCAAAUUUUCUACUUGUGAUUUCUUUGUAUGCAACAAUUAGUUCAUGUUGAUGGACCUCAGUUUUAUGUAAAUAGAUCAGACAGAGCAAUACUGUAAUUUAGAUGCUGGUGUUGUGCAGCUUCAGAUUUUAAAUUUGACACUAAGUUUUACCAACUUCUAUCAGUUAACAUUAGUAAAACAGAUCAAUCAUGAUAAGAGGUCAGUACAUUUUACAGCUGAUUUUUGCAACAAAAAACUGUUUCAUACAUGCUUUGACAUAACAAUUUCAUUGACUAUAUAUAUAUAGGUAGAAGUAUCUUUUUCCACCUGCUCUUGUGUCAGUUAUCUCUCUUACAAAUGUUUGUUUCAUCAACAAUGUUCAUUUAGCUCACCAGUAAGUUUUAAAAUUAAUAUAAUAUAGGCCAGUCAGUGUAGUCCUAGUCCUUCUUAUGUGAAUUCUAUUUUCUACUGUUUAUAAAGUUGAAGAUUUAAAAAAACAUUUAGAUUAAACAUUUUUUUAGGUUCAGAAGAUGUGUCCCAUAAUUAUCUAUUCUAAGGGAGACAAACAUUUGUUAAAAUUGUUAAUAAAAAAAAUUAUGGACUUUUGUUUCCUAUUUUUAUGUCAAAAGUAUUGUUACUCAUCUAUGCACUACUGAGUUUAGCAGUUUGAUUACAUUGUUGAUAACAGUUUGCUAUUUUUAUUCCUAAUAUAGUCAACAUUUUUAUUCAAAACUAUUCUACAUUUAUUAGAAAUUGUCCCAAAACACUUACUAGCAUUGAUAGAACUAAAAUUACUAAAUAAGUUUUAAUUUCCUCAUCCUUCUCUUAUAAAAUAGUAAACAUUAUAUUUGUUAUUCCAAUUUAGUAUUGCUAAACUUGCCCAGGACGAAUGUGUUUUUGAUUGAAAUAUUUGUAUGAAUGCUUAGAGAACUGUUUCAUAUGAAUUGUAAUUAUAAUAGCCAAUUUUGUCCAGCAGUUUGAUUUUCAUUUGUUCCAUAUUCAGUGCAUAUCUUAAUGUUAUUAAUUUAAAAAAUGUUCAGGAAAUUCUGUACUAACCAUGACAAACUUAGAUUUUAGUAUUUAUUAGCUGUGUGAAAGUGAAACUUAAAAAAUAUGACAAAGCAUCAAGCUUUAAAAUAUGAAACCAAUUUAGUCCCAAUUUCAUGGUGGACUAAUAGUUGAUAUAAACCAAUCAACAUUCUGGUCCUGUACAGUCCCAUUUUGGCAUCAUAAGCUUUUCACGUGAGCUGUGAUAUUAACAGAAUAAGAUUUCACUAUUCUUUUAACGUUUCUGCAUACAAAAUGUAAAUUUAAUGUUUUUGUAAUGUUAGUAAUUGUAUUAAAUUCUUAUAUUUAUUUAUAGUAGUUAAGUUAAUCCUGCUGUUAAAUUAAGACUAUGUAGAAAGGAUUAUUGAAGUUACUUUAAGUAAUUUUAUAUUUUUGCAAGGAAAGGUGCCAUAACUCAUGUUUUUUUUUUAUUUUUAAAAGCACAAUUUUGUCAUUGCCAAGGACACUUUCCUAUCUGGUUUGAGACCCUCUGUGAGCAAAAAUUUCCAUUGCUGGUUUGAUUGCUUUUGUGUGUCCAUAUUCUUGUGGAUACAACACCAAUUCUGAUGCUUUUGGUUUCCCCUGUUAUCAUGGAUAUACCACAUCAUCCAUUGUGACUUAUCAUAAAAGCUCAACAGGUCUAUCACAUUUUGUUUUCCUAGUCAUAAUUUAGUUGGCAUUGCACUUUUUACUUGGGAGAAAAUAUUUUAAUCCAUUAUGAAUGUAACAAAGAAAUUUCCAAAUAUGAGUUUGGCUAAUUUAAGGUGUGUAAUUUAUAAAUGGAGCUUGUAGAUUUUCACAAACAUUUAUUGAUAAAAUGUAAGCAAGAUUUGAUAGACAGAAAAUAAGUCAGCUUUUUAUAUAAGCAUCUAUGCAUUUAGUGUAUGUAAAAUAUACCUAUAUGUGUGCAAUGCUAAAAACAAUUAAUGAAAAAUAAGUAUUAAAAAUAUUAUUUGCAAGCAAGGUUACAAUUCUACACAAAUGUUUCCCUUUCGUUAUCUUAAGAUAUUGUUUUCUUGUUAUCAAUUUAAUUAUUUGGUGCAUUGCUGAAUUGUUAAAACGUGUACUAUGGUUUUAAUUUUAAAAGAUAAAAACAUUUUAUUUUGAAUAUUAGAUUGACAGAAUGAUUAAAUAAAAAACUGGGCAGCUUUAAACCAUAUUUCUGUCUUGCUUUAAAAUAAACAGAUUUUAUGGACAAUGUUUACACUUUUUAGAUUCUAAACUGAAAACAAAUCUUUAAUAAAAUUUUAAACAAUACUAAAUGUUUUUGUGUUUCGAACAUUGAUCUGCAUAUUCUUCAGGUUAAUUUGAAUCUACCUGAUAAAGAGAGGGAAUUGUUUACAGUAAAGGUACCCUAGUAUUCAUUAGUUUUUUUUUUUACUAGAUACUUGCUUUUUUUCUUUAUAGUAGUCAUUUUUUUAUUUUUAUUUUACAGCACAUUUAAUAAAUUUUAUUUUAGAAUAUCCAGGGCAGGAUUGAGGUUAUCUUGUGUUCCAUAUUCUGGAAACUGAUUUAUGCUAGCUUUAUUUAACCUAAGAAUAGUAUGAUUGUUUAUGUACUCUAAAAAGUUUUCAGUUUUAAACAAUUACUAAAUGCAAUUGACCUUGACCCCGAGUGAUAUGAAUCAUAAGUGUUUGAUGUAUUUAUUUAUUAGUUUGAAGUACCUACCUUUAUUGACAGUAGUUACUGAUGGUUAAUAAUCCAACAUAUUUCUAAUCAUAUCAAAUAACUUCAUUUCAAAUACUUUGGAUAUUUUUAAAAUGUCUGGGAAACUAAAUAUAUUUUUAUUGCAUUUUCAAUCAUUAAAAUUAUCAUAUUAACUAGAAUUAGUUUUAUUGUACAUUUUAAAGACUGGUUCUUAUUUUUGGGAUUAAACAUUAACUGUAUUUGAUUAGUGGGGGUACUUGGUACCAUUUCAAAUAUAUGUUUAAAAAUUACAUUUUAUGUUGUAAUUUUAAUUAAAAUCUAUCAGAAAACAAAUAUUUUAUCAUAGUGAUGAAAUGUGUAACGUUUUACUGCUGUUAUCAUAUAAAAUUGACUGGUAGCAAGACUGUUUUGUUCAAAUAAAGUAGAUUUUAU